AUGGUCAUGGGGUACAUUCGAUAUCCUAGGGCACGAAUGUACUGGUCCAGUGAGGAUGGCCUUCGUCUUGGAAUAAUUGCAGAUGCCAUGUCUGUAAACAGAUAUGAGCAAAUUCUGAGUCAUCUGCACUUUGUGGAUAACUAUACAUACCAGCCAGCAAACACAGAUAGGCUCUUCAAAAUAACACCAGUGCUAAGUACACUUCAGAAAACAUUCCUGGCGGCAGCAGACCCUGAAGAAUUCCAAUCAAUUGAUGAGCAAAUAAUUCCCUUCAAAGGCCAACUAUCAAUUAAGCAAUACAUACCAAAAAAGCCCAAACCCUGGGGAGUGAAAGUAUGGGUGAGGGCAGGGUCCUCAGGUUAUGUGUACAGAUUUGAAGUGUACCAGGGCUCAGCAAAUAGGGGUCACAGCAGUGGUUUGGGAAUGGCUGGAGAUGUAGUGAUGCGCCUUUGUGAUGACAUAAAGCACAAAAACCACAAGGUGUUUUUUGACAAUUUCUUCUGCAGUAUUCCACUCCUUGAGGCCUUGAAAAACAUAGGCAUCUAUGGCACAGGUACAUGCAGAGCAAACAGAGUGAAAGGAGCGAGUCAAAAACUCAAGAGUGAAAAACAACUGAAAGAAGAAGGCAGAGGGGCCUGCUCUGUUGUCAGCACAAACAGAAACAUCACUGUCACACGUUGGCUUGACAGCUCAGUCAUCCACAUGGCAUCGACCUGUGCUGGCCAGUCCCCUGAAGAUGUGGCCCAAAGAUGGCUCAAGAAAGAACAAACGAUGAUUAGUGUCCAAAGACCCUACUCAGUGGCCCUUUACAACCAACACAUGGGUGGGGUGGAUCUUGUUGACCAGUGUGUGGCAAUGUAUCCCCACAGACGUAGAAACAAACGGUGGUACAUCCGAGUGUUCUUUCAUUUUUUGGAUGUGACCGUUGUUAAUGCCUGGCGACUCUACAUGAUGUCUGGAUUGGAAAAGAUGAAUCUCCUCAUCUUCAAAGCUUCUGUGGCCCGUGCACUGAUAAAUACUGGCUCCCUCCAGCAAAGCAAAAGAGGAAGGCCCAGUGGAACCCCACCUCCGGCAAAGCGCAGAGCAGUGACCAAAGUACCCAGUGAGGUCAGGUUCAGCACAGCAAAUCACUGGCCCAAGCUCACUCAGGUCAAAAAUGCAAACAGAUGCCACGAUGCUGCAUGCACACGGAAGACCAAAUACAUCUGCAUUCAGUGCCGUGUGGCACUUUGCCCUGGAUGCUUUGCCAAUUUUCAUGUAGCCUAA